ACUACUCUCUCUCUAUCUAAACCCAAAUAUCACUUCUUAUUCUCUCUCUAACUUAAGCAUUGGAGGGUGUCCGGGGAACUGCCCACGGACCCUUGUUUUGCAGGAGUUGGAGUGCACCCUUCAUCUGGAACAGACGCCUUGCUUGCUCUGCACACGACCGCCUGGAACAAUCUAGGCCUAACCACCAUCUAUUUGGAUUUCAUACCCAACCCAAUUGGGUUGGAUAGUAAGAAACCCAUGGAUAUGGGCAAAGUUGUCAUCCCUAUUUUGAACGUCUUCCCAAAAGCUUUAAUCGAUCAGUUACCAUUUAGCUCCAAAGAAGUCAAAAGAAAAUAAAUUACAAAGGGAGGAAAACUACCUCUACAUUUCACUCAUGUACCUACUACAAAUUUCAAUAACUAUAUCGCAGGUUUAUUACUCUAUGUCAAUAACCAGUAUGUCUAUGGUUGUCAAUGAGCCAAGUCGGGGGCGAGCAACUCGGAGUUCGAAUCGGAAAAAACUCGUUCGAUAUUUGGCUCAUUAGUUAACAAGCUGGCUCGCGAGCCGACUCGCUCAACUCGAUGAGCUCCUGAGCUAGCUUGACUCGGUGGCUUGUUGAGCUAAGCUCAUGAACUGGCUUGUUUAGAGCUUGUAGAAGGAUUAAUUACUCUUCUGAACAUGACAUUAUCUUGUUAUUACGAAUGUGUAUGAAAGUUAACUGUUAUUUUUAGUUUCUAGUGUUCUUUUUAUCAUUUAAACUCUUAUGUGUACGCAUUUUCCAGCAAGAAUGAUUUCAUAUCGAGCUCAUCUUCAGUCGAGCUUGUACUCAGAUUGACAAGUUGUGUUAAUGAGCAUUUACCGAGCUAUACCGAGUCGAGCUCGAGUUAUACUAUUUUUAAUCGAGCCGAGCUCGAGCUGGAUUAUCAAAAUUCGCGUUCGAGCUGAGCUCGAGCUGAAAAAUUUACAAACGAGUCGAGCUCAAUCUGAAAAAUUUACAAACGAGUUGAGCUCAAACUAAGCAAAAACUCGACUCGUUUGUUCCAAUAAGUAAAUAUUCCAUAAUGAAUCCUAUAUCAUUUCGUUACAUGCUUCCUCAUACGAAAGCUACUUAAUGGGCUUGAAGUUUGCAUAGACUCAUUAGACAUUGUGCUUAACUCAACUAUUAAUAUUUAGGGUUGUGAUAAUUUGAAAAUAAUAUCUCUUGAUCAUUAUAUAGACCCCAUAUCAUGUCAAAUACAUGUCGGUGACAAACUUACAAUAACUCAAAUUUUUUUAGAGAUGUCACAGAGUGAAUCGUGUACCAUGGAUAUGAAAACACAUCACAGUUGUUUAUACAAAAAGGAAAAUUUUAUUAAUCAUUAUGUCUUAUUUUAUGAAUGAAUUACUCCAAUACGUACUUAUUUACUAAAUUAUUCAUUCGUAUACUCAUAUCGUCUAAAUUAAAAGGAUACACUAACUAUUUCGAUCUUCUAACUUCAUCACUGCAUAACCUAACAGGUCCAUGAAGCUAGGUGGAAAUGGCGAACCACAAUCCUCAUCACAAGUUCAAAACCAAACACUGAUACUCCGAACUUGCUUGAAUUCCUGUAAUCUAACUUUGGGAGGUAACUAAGAAGUGACAGAACAUCAAAUCUUGAGAGUAAUUUACCUACUGGGCGUGGGGAAACAGGAUAAUGGAUCCUUUUUUUGGCACAUCAUGAGAUUUGGGGCAAACAGAUUUUGAUAAUGACCUUUGCUUUGUUAACUUCUUCAACAACAAUCUUGUUAAUUGGUUGCUUUCCCUUGUCUCAAGCUCAUUUUAGUAUAAUUUUGUUACUGUUGUGGUUGCAAUGAAGUUUGAUAACGGAGGUAUAAUUCCAACAACAUAAAAUAGAAAAUAUAAACAUAUUUGGUUGAUAAUUCAAAGAAAUCAUGGAAGUUUGUUAGUUUUACAACCAAAAACAUAAACGUAUUAAGUUGCUUCUUUAGACUCCAUUCACUGUCAAGGUUGAGAUUACAUGACGAGUUAUGAGAAAAUUGAGAAAGAAAAAUAUGAUAAUAAUUUUAGCGAUAAGAUUUUCGAAAUGAGUUUUGUAAAAAUGAAACAUGUCCAUGAAUUCCCAGCUGCAUUGCCGCUGCCUCUUAUCUACCUUAAAUUGAGAUUAAGGUGAUUUAUAAUUUUGAAUUACAACUUAUAUAAGAAAUGUGACUUACUGUACUAACUUCACUUUUUGAAGAAGAAAAAAGAAACUAGGAUUGUUUGAAAAAGCAUGAAAAAGCCAAUGAUCCAGAGGUGAGGGCUAUGGUGAGUUACGUUUGGCAAGAAGAAGUGUAUGGAUCCCCAAUGUACAGGCUAUGGACGAGAUUGAAGAAGCUCUGUCAUUGUUGCAUGAUUGGAGCCGGGCAGGGACCACUAAUUCUUUGCGUAACAUAAAUACCCUCCAGACGGAGAUUGAUCGUGUUAAGCAACAGUUUCCAAUUGAUUGGGAUACUGUGAGAACUCUGGAGGGGGAGCUGAGUCGCCAAUGGAUGGCAGAAGAAAGCUACUGGCAGCAAAAAUCCAGGGUUCACUGGUUGAAAAAAGGGGGGGAUCAAAACACUUCUUAUUUCUAUACCAUCAGGAGAGCCAGACGCAAGCGUAAUUUUGUGGUUGGGCUAAGGAAUGAUGAGGGGGAUUGGAUAACGGACGAAAAGGGUAAGGCAGUUAUUGCCACUGACUUCUACCAAACCUUUUUUACUUCUGAGAAUCAGAUUUUGAACAUGGAAGCUAGUGUAGACACUUUUCUCUUUGAGCGGAAAGUCGCGAAGGCCAUGAAUGCAAACCUUACAACGAAAGUCCUACAGAGCGAUGUUCGCCGGACGACUUUUUCGAUGGGAUCGAAACAGGCUCCGGGUCCUGAUGGUUUGACAGGGAAAUUUUCCAAAUCUUAUUAGGACAUUGCGGGUGCGUCUGUGGUUGAGACUGGCUGCUCGUUUUUUCAAACAAGCCGGAUAUUGCGAAGUUUCAACCAUACUUAGCUCACUUUGAUCCCAAAGGUGGAUAAUGUGCGCCAACUCCGGCCAAUCAGUUUAUGCCAGUUUGUGUAUAAAAUUAUCACAAAAAUCAUGACUGAGAGGCUAGCUCGUAUUCUUCCGCAAAUAAUAUUUGAGGGCCAAAAUGCGUUUAUCCGGGAACGACAGAUUGUGGAGAAUGUGUUGCUGGGGCAAGAGCUUAUGCAUUACUUGAAAAUCAAAAACCCAGGGAAGAAAGGGUACAUGGCUCUUAAGGCAUGGAAAAGACUUAUGAUAGAGUUGAGUGGUCCUUUCUCUUUGCGGUUUUGGAUAAGUUAGGUUUUAAUUAGACCUGGAUUGGUUGGAUUCGGGAGUGCCUGCGGUCGCCGUCUUUCUCGAUCAUGAUGAAUGGCACGCCAUAUGGUUUUUUCAAGCCUACCCGGGGACUUCGUCAAGGUGACCCACUCUCCCCUCUCCUUUUUGUUUUAUGCACUGAAGGGUUUGCUGUCCUGCUCCGGCGUGCUGUUUCCGAAGGGAAGUUGGAGGGGGUCAACGUGGCUCCUCAAGCACCUCGGAUCUCACAUUUGUUCUUCGCGAAUGAUUCGUAUUUGUUUUUACGAGGAUCACUCACACAAUGUGAAAAUCUGAUCGAUGUGCUGAAUGAGUACGAGGAGCUGAGUGGGCAACGUGUUAACCUAGAGAAGUCAGCCGUGUGUUUUAGUAAGAAUGUCUCCAUCCCCGAUCAGGAAUUCCUAGCGCAGAUCUUGGGUGUCAGCGCGGUGGGAGUCCAGGAUAAAUACUGGGGUUUACCAACCCUCAUUGCUCAAUCUAAAAUGGCUACAUUUCGUUUUGUGGAGGAACGGUUGAUGGCUAUAUUACAAGGGUGGUCGGCGUAUUAAUAGGGUAGCCCAUUUGGUGGCUCGAUAAGUCCUUUCUUAGUACCCGACGACGAGUCGUUCAUAUGAUUUUGUGGUCUGGUUGAGGCACAUGCUGUAAUGAUCUAUUUUUUCAUAUCAAUAUAUGAUGGUUAAAUACACUUGUAUAUUCAAAACUUUUACGGUUGUGCCAAUAAUAUCCAAAUUUCCUGAAAUACCACUUAUAUCCAAUUCCUUCACAUUCUUUAACGGUGUUUUUGGAUAUACAAGUGUAUUUAGCCAAAAAUAUAUUGGGAAAUAGAUAGAUUUGAAAAAGAACAACUUUAAAACAUAGAUAUAAGUGGUAUUCUGGGAAAAUUGGAUAUUAUUGGCACAACCGUGAAAGUUUUGGAUAUACAAAUGUAUUAAACCAUAUAUGAUUAUCUUUUGUAAACAAAAAAGUGUUCAAAAAGUUCGACAACUUAUGAGAUAAAACUUCUAAUAUCAUCCAAUAUCUUUAUUUUCUCGAUCCAUAAGGAAUCCUUUGGAAUGGAAAAGAUCAUUCCACAUUCUUGUGUUAUGACUAUAAUACAUUCAUGUUUUAUAGCUUAAAUCAAGACAUAAAUAAAUU